AUGGUUUCUUCACGCGGAUCAGGCCCGUCGGGCAAGGCACCUCCCAAGUCGAGUGGCAUCACUGUCCUAGUGGUAGGCUGUGGAAUAGGUGGACUGGCGACGGUGAUUGAAUGUCAGCGAAAAGGUCAUAAUGUGAUCGCCGUCGAUCAACAGCCGGAAUUGCGUCCCAUUGGCGACAGCAUCGGCAUUGCGAGCAAUGCAGCGGGAGUGGUAUACAAGUGGGGAGAAGGCUCUGUAGAUGCAGCUCUGGCACCAUUGAUCAAUCUUCCCGACGUAAUGAACAUUUGUGACUCGUCGGGCAAUGUGUAUGUGAAAAGUGGCAUGGCAGGCUAUGGUGCAGGCCACGGCUAUCCAUGUCACCGGGGUGAGGCGGCAAUGGUCUUCUACGAGUACGCCAGAUCGCUGCCCGGGGUGGAAUUCCGCUUGGGCCACCGCAUCACGGACUAUUGGGAGACUGAAGAUAAAGCUGGGAUCACGAUCAACGGCGAGAAAAUAGUGGCCGACUGUGUCAUUGCAGCCGACGGCGUCCACAGCAAAGCCCGCAAGUACGUUACUGGUGACGGUGGUGCACCUCAUACGUCCGGCUACGCCAUGUACCGAGCAUGGUUUGAUGCAGAGGAAGUCGCCGCCGACCCCGCGUCGCGCUGGAUCGUCGCGGACACGGAGGGGAGAGAUCGUGACAACACGUGGGUGUUCAUUGGACCAGACAUCCAUUGCCUGCUGGGGACGGCCAAAGGAGGCAAAGAAGUUUUCUGGAUGUGCACACACCAGGACGUGUUCGACAUCGGUGAAUCAUGGUCAUUCCCGGGCAAGGUCGAAGAUAUGCUCAAAUACGUUGCCGACUGGCCCAUGCUUCCCAAACUCAAAGCCGUGGUGGAAAAGACACCGCCCGGGAGGUUGAUCGACUUUAAGCUACUAUGGCGAGAUCCGUUGAAGACGUGGAUUUCGCCCGCCGGUCGCAUCAUGUUGAUCGGCGACGCAGCGCACCCAUACUUGCCGACCUCGGGUCAAGGCGCCGGGCAGGCGAUCGAAGAUGCUGCCACCGUGGCCAUCGCGCUCGAACUCGCUGGGGCGAAGAAUGUGAAGAAAGGACUAAGGACCGCCGAGAAACUGAGGUACCAACGAGCAUGCAAGAUCCAGCGCAUGGGCAUCGAAACCCGAGACGCGUGGCACAAAACCGACUGGUCGGCCGUGGGCAAGAACACCGCCAUGCUGGAGAUGCCUCGUCCGGACUGGAUCUUUGGAUUCGACUGCCAGAAGUACGCAUACGACGAGUUCGACAAGGCUCUGGAAGCCGUGGAGAAGGGCACGGAAUACGUACCGCACAACAUUCCCCCAGAUGAUGUGAACCACCGAACGCAAGAUUUCAGAGCCAGCGAGACUCUGGCACAACGGGCCAAGCUCACGGCGGUGGCAGUCCAGCAGGAGCUGGGCACGGCGCCAAAGAAUGGCGAGUUCUUGAGAAGCAAGCUUUAG